AUGGAUGGUGCAUUCGGAGGACCUGUUAGACCGGAACAGGUGAUGUGGGUAGUGGGUAGUACAUCAUCAGUUGUCGGAAAGCGGUUAAAAGAAGAAUCGACAACGGUAGAGGUGAUUACGGAACCAACUAAACAGGAACCGAGAACCGAAACACCAACAACAGUGCAGGUGACCACGGAAGCAACAACAGAAAUAUCUACAACUGAAGCACCAACCCCCGAACCGACGACAGAAAAACGAACAACUACGGAACCCACUACGGAACCAGCUACUGAAAAUCCCACACCAUCAACUCCGACUACUAGAGCACAGUACACUAUGCCAUCUGAAAAACCAACAACUGAGAUCAGAAUUACUGUAAAGCCAACAACUGAAGAUUCUGUCACCGAGACGACGGAGAAAGUGUUCCCAUCUUCAUCGAUUGCUCCAACUCAAGCAGAACAAACCACAUCUGAAGUUCACACCACUGAACAUCCAACUCCAACAAAAGGUUUUUCAACAAUCGGAGCAGAAUCGACGACUGGUUUCACCCCGACAAUUGGCGACGUCGUUACCACUACUGAAGACGUCUCGUUUUCUAAACUCGGAGCUCAUGGACGACUCGGUGCAGAUACACUUCCGAACGGAACUCCAAUCAAAACUUUACCUGAUGAUUUCCGAGUCUAUAAAGGAAAAGAUGAUUUCAGUCCUGUCGUUGCCAACAAUAAAGGGAUUUAUAUCCUUCAUCCGGUACAGAGACAGGAUAAACAAAUCAUAUUUGAUCCAUUCACAAUCGGACAAGUUCUCGGAUAUCUCUAUGAGAAAAUUGAGUUUGGAAAUGAGAAACCGCCUGGUGGAAAGUAUACAAUCGAGUUGAUGGGUGGAAGAAUUCCAACGAAACGUUUUGCUUCUAAUGGAAAAACUCGUCGUGCAUCACUAAUUUUCACAAAGAAAAAUGUAAAUUAG